GAAUCAUGCUACAUAAAUAUUUCCAAAACUCAAACUAAGUGACGCUUGUCACAAUAAUUCAUAUAGAUUAAACUGCUGUAAACAGUAAACAAAUAGUAAAAUAAUUUAUCUGAAAAUAGAGAAGUGAAAGAUAAGCUAAAAGUAAUGGCGCUUCAUAAUUGGAGGAGAAGAAAUCAAGAACUUAGAAUAAAGAAUGUCUUCUCCGACUUUGAACCAAAGCCCCAUGCCAAAGUCACAUACACACACUUCUACAUACCCUAAACACACACACACAAAAAUACAUAAUUCUUUUAUAUAUAUAUAUAUAUAAGCUUCUUCUAAGCCAUUUGCUUAAACAAAUCUCAAGUCAAAAAAAAAAAAACCUUAGUCCCAACAAUUUCCCCCACUCCCUAAAUUCUUCUCUGUUUUUUGCUCUGUUCCAAUGGAGAUUAAUUGGAAAAGAGGACAAAUCAUCGGUCGAGGCUCCACCGCCACUGUCUCAGUAGCAAUCUCAAGCUCCGGUGAGAUCUUCGCCGUUAAAUCUGCCGACUUAUCUUCUUCAUCGUUCUUGCAGAAAGAGCAAUCAUUCUUGUCUACAUUGAGCUCUCCUCACAUAGUCAAGUACAUCGGCUCUGGUUUAACGUACGAGAACGAUCGAUUGGUGUACAAUAUACUGAUGGAGUACGUUUCCGGCGGGAGUCUUCACGAUUUAAUCAAAAAUUCCGGCGGGAAGUUGCCGGAGCCGGAGAUAAGAUCACACACGCGUCAAAUUCUUAACGGUUUGGUGUAUCUUCACGAGAGAGGGAUUGUUCACUGCGACUUGAAGAGCCAGAACGUUCUGGUUGAGGAAAACGGCGUUUUGAAAAUCGCCGAUAUGGGAUGUGCUAAAUCAGUUGGCAAGUCGGGAUUUUCCGGUACACCGGCGUUUAUGGCGCCAGAAGUUGCUCGUGGUGAAGAACAGAGGUUUCCGGCUGAUGUGUGGGCUUUGGGAUGUACAGUGAUCGAGAUGAUGACUGGAUCAAAUCCUUGGCCGGAGCUAAACGACGUCGUUGCUGCAAUGUAUAAGAUUGGAUUCUCUGGUGAGUCGCCGGAGAUUCCUGGGUGGAUAUCGGAGAAAGCUAAAGACUUUUUGAAUAAUUGUUUGAAGGAAGAUCCAAAACAGAGAUGGACUGUGGAAGAAUUGCUUAAACAUUCAUUUCUCAACGACGAAGAAGAAUCUCAGACAAGCGAUUGUUUGAAGAACAAGACUUCUUCUCCAAGCACAGUGUUGGAUCAACGAUUCUGGGAUUCAUGCGAAACCUCGAAAACUCACUUAAUUUCGAUGGAUCACGAAGACCCUUUUGCUGAUUACUCGGAAUCUUGGGGUUCACCGGCUAAACGGAUCGAGAAACUCGCCGGAGAUGAAUUUUUAAGCUUACCCGAUUGGGUUACUGAAGAAGACGACGGAUGGAUUCAAGUGAGAGGCGAUGAAUAUGAAGAAACCGAGAAACGCGACGGCGACGAUGACGUGAUUUGCGUUGAAACAACGUCGUCGAUGGAAGAAGAUGAAGAUUGGAUUUCGAAUCAAGACAGCUUGUUCUCGGAAUAUUCCUCUGACGACAUCAUUAAUAAUUUCUACUCUAAUGUUGCUAUUCAAGGAAAUUUAAUUGCAUUUUAUUAUUUUAGUGAUGAAGAUAAAAAUGUAUCCAUAAAGAAUUUGUUUCAUACUAAAAAAAAUAAUUGUUUUCCAAAUUGCAAGCUCAUUUUUAAUCCACUAACCAAGUCUUAUGAAACAAUGAACAAUGCCCAUGUGUUCAAAAUUAAAGAAUAUGUAAAUACAUUACUCAAUCUUUCCUAUGCAACAUAUGCGUUAGCCGUUAGGGUAUGUGCUAACGAUUACUAUUAUACGUACGACUGUGUAAGACAAUUCAAAUUAUAUCUUUUUUUUUUUUGUUCAACUUGUCUUGUUGGAGCUUAAAUCAAUGAGAUUGAC